AAGAUAUGUAUGUACGCAAAUAAAUGCAAAAAAUGCCACGUCUUCACUUACAAAAUCAGAUGUUGAAUAUGUGCUAUCGCGGCAGGCUGCUCAAUCAAGGUCAGGAAUACUCGAUCACCCUGGACAGCUAUCGGCCAAGUAGGGGCAUAAACUCUGAAUUUCGCACAAUUUUAUCCGGAUAAGUUAAACAUUAGGAAGAUAUUAUAUUUCUUCCUAACUUGUUUUGAUUAUAAGGUUAUUAUGUUUUAGAAAACUAUGCGGAAGUAAUGGUAAUGAAAGAUAGCAGGUCUCGCUCAUCAAGAAAUUGCUAAUGUUGUGUGUGACCAGGCAGAUAGCUAGCUAGCUAAUAUUCAGUGGUUGUACAGAAAUCUACUGUGUGUAUUAAGUACAUUUUGAAUUUAAAGCUGGCGAGGGUUUGCGGCACUGAUAAUGAAAGUCGUACUACGACCCAGAGAGUAGAAUAGCCACAAGUGGCAGUGAGUUUAACGUAGCAUACUAAGCUAACUAGCUAACAAUUAGCUGUGCUUUUACAGGACAGGAGGUAGCCACGUAUGAACCUCUGUCCAGUCGUAGGUGCCUAAUUCCUGCUUGUAAUAUACUAGCUAAAAAGCGUUCCUUUAGCAGGAUAUAUAUUAGAUUUUCAAAACAAGUCUUAAUCUAGAAGGAGCGCGCGUUUUGGUCCAUAGUUCUGAAAUGUUAUAAACCGGAGCCUCGCGUGCUUCCGGGUUCGAUGUUGCAUUGAGCAGAUGAUGAAGCGGAUCAUCUGGGUGAUCUCAGGACUAAACAGAAGGAUGAUGAAGCUACUGGUCGCCCUCGCUUUGAUCGCCUACAUUGCCUCUGUCUGGGGAACCUACACCAAUAUGAGAUCCAUACAGGAACAUGGAGAGAUGAAGAUUGAGGAAAGAAUUGACGAGGCAGUUGCUCCCCUCAGAGAGAAGAUCCGGGAUCUGGAGCUGAGUUUCUCUCAGAAAUACCCCCCUGUGAAGUUCCUCUCGGAGAAGGAUCGGAAAAGGAUUUUGAUAACGGGCGGCGCAGGCUUUGUUGGCUCCCAUCUGACUGAUAAGCUGAUGAUGGACGGCCAUGAGGUGACGGUGGUGGACAACUUCUUCACUGGCCGCAAGAGGAACGUGGAGCACUGGAUCGGCCACGAGAACUUUGAGCUCAUCAACCACGACGUGGUGGAGCCGCUCUACAUCGAGGUGGACCAGAUCUAUCACCUGGCCUCUCCUGCCUCUCCUCCCAACUACAUGUACAAUCCCAUCAAGACCCUGAAGACUAACACUAUAGGAACCCUCAACAUGCUGGGGUUGGCGAAGCGUGUUGGAGCUCGUCUGCUGCUGGCGUCUACGUCUGAGGUGUACGGAGACCCAGAAGUGCACCCCCAGAAUGAGGAGUAUUGGGGUCAUGUGAACCCCAUCGGCCCCCGGGCCUGCUACGACGAGGGCAAACGCGUCGCUGAGACCAUGUGCUACGCCUACAUGAAGCAGGAAGGAGUGGAGGUGAGGGUGGCACGCAUCUUUAACACCUUUGGGUCCCGGAUGCACAUGAACGACGGCCGUGUGGUCAGCAACUUCAUACUGCAGGCUCUACAGGGAGAGCCCCUCACCGUGUAUGGUAGUGGAUCCCAGACGAGGGCCUUCCAGUAUGUGAGUGAUCUAGUGAAUGGUCUGGUGUCGUUGAUGAACAGUAACAUUAGCAGCCCAGUCAACCUGGGGAACCCGGAAGAACACACCAUAUUGGAGUUUGCUGAGCUCAUCAGGAGUCUGGUCGUGAGCCGCAGUCAGAUCCAAUUCCUUCCAGAGGCGCAGGACGACCCUCGGAGACGCCGCCCCGACAUUCGCAAAGCCAAGAUGAUGCUGGGCUGGGAACCUGUGGUGCCGUUAGAGGAGGGCCUGAACAAGACCAUCCAGUACUUCAGCCGGGAGCUGGAGCACCAGGCCAAUAACCAGUACAUCCCCAAGCCCAAGGCAGCCCGCCAGAAGAAAGGACGACCAAGACAACACAACUGAGCUCAAGGGGUCAAGGGUCACACCAUCCCCAAAGGCUGCUGGGACACCGGAGGACCCAGGACCCUCAGAGAACUCUCUUGAGUUUGGAGCGAAGAAGAAAUGUUCCUGUGUCUGCUGUGGUUUUUACACUCCCGCGGGGCGAUGCUUUUCAGACACAAACGUGCCUGAAAGCAAGAAUAGAAUCACAAACGGAUAAUUAAAAAAACUGACAAUGAUCAGAACCCAGUCUUGCACUCUGGGUUUUUUUGUCAAUACAGGCUGUUAUUUAAGAUCAGGCUUGAGAGAAGUGUUUUGUUGCGUUGUUUACACUGUGCAGUUUGUCAUUUGUUUUGCUCGGUUGACGUGGUCUAUUUUAUUACCUGCAUUGAUUCCUGGCUCUUACGUAAGACUGCUUUGUAUUCCAACCAUUGCAACAUUGGCGGAGAGGAGAAGCGAGGAGAGGAGAAGCGAGGAGGGGUGAAGGAGAGUGAGUUGGUUUGUUCAAAGCCUCAGAUGGGUGUGCUAGGCCCUGCCCCCUUCUACACUUGCUCUGGUGCUGUGCAGUGAGCUGUAAGCCUGGACACACACGCGCCACUCAAGAGUGUGUUUCUGUGUCACUGUGUGUGUGUCUUGUGUAACUUUUGGGAUAACCUUUGUGAAAGCUCUACUGUCAAAUCGGAAAUCCAGAAAUCUUAUAUAAUCAAUUUUAGGUGAAAAUGGUAUUUUAAUAAAAUAUUUCCAAUAAAUGUC